AUGUCGACCUCUCAAGCGGAAUCCGGCAAUGUGCGACUUUCUGAGCCACAAUCUACUUCAGACCUCUCUCCCAAAGCACCAGUGCAAGAGGUAUCUGAGCAACCGUCGCAACCAAAACCUCCGUACACAGCUCUUCCUCUAUCCCGCCAACGAUUGAUUCUCGCAAUCAUUACCGUCGCUGGCAUUUUUGGUCCCCUUGCGGGGAAUAUUUACCUGCCUGCGCUACCAGUUGUUGCCCGGGAGUUCCAGAGAACGGAGACAGAAAUCAAUAUCACAGUGACGGUAUUUAUGAUUGUAUUUGCUUUCGGACCCUUGAUCUGGUCAAGUGUCGCGGAUUGGAAAGGGCGCAGACCACUCUAUAUCAUCUCUGUUCUAGUCUAUAUUUUGGCAAAUGUGCUGCUUGCAGCUGUUCCCACCAAUUACGGAGCACUUAUCGUUCUUCGAAUCAUUCAGGCAUUUGGGUCAUCGGCUGUUGUUUCAUUGGGAGCCGGCACGGUGGCAGAUAUCAUAGAGCCAAAGAAACGAGCUCGAGCAAUGUCGUACUUCCUCUUUGGGCCGCAGUGCGGUCCAAUCCUAGGACCGUUGAUCGGAGGUGCUUUGGCUGAAAAGGUGUCCUGGAGGUGGAUAUUUGGUUUCCUGGCAAUCUCGGGCGCAGUGCUAUGGGUUGGCCUCGUGUUCGCGCUUCCUGAAACCCUACGUGCACGCGUGGGGAAUGGGAGCACAUACGUGGAAAAGAGCUGGCUGAUUCUUCCUCCAACCUUCUCUUCUGUGAUUGUCACUGAAUCGGAACGAGGACCUCCCCCUCCUAAGCCCACCUUGAAAGGAUACUGGAAGCUCUUCCGGUAUCCCCCCAUAGGCAUCACAUGCGUCAAUACGGCGAUCCUCUACUCUUCAUAUUUCUGCAUCGCCAUCCAACUACCAUCUGCUCUGGGUGAUGUUUAUCACUGGUCAAGCAGCAAGGUUGGAGCUGGCUAUGUUGUCGUAGGACUAGCCAUGGUGAUCGGGUCUAUUCUGGGUGGCCGGUUCUCUGACUGGAGACGUAAGCGGGCAGUUCAAGCGCACGGUGAGACUAACGUUCACCCAGAGGCGCGUUUGAAUGAUCAAAUCUGGGGGCUUUUCAUAGCUUCGGCUGGGUUGAUCAUGUUUGGAUUCUUCGUCCAGUACGCCCUCCACCCGGCUGCUACUUUGAUUUCUACCUUUCUCGUCGGAUUCGGGAUGUCUUGGAUGUUUGUUGCUUCCAAUGCCUUUUUGACUCUGUGUCUUGCCCAGCAAGCUGCCGGGGCUUUUGCUCUGGGUAACAUGUUGCGGAGUCCUGCCGCCGCUGUGGCGGCAGCCAUCAUCUCCCCUCUUGUGCAGAAAAUGGGCUGGGGUUACUGUUUCCUCGGGCUCGGACUCCUCAAUCUGUUUGGCAUUGGGUCAAUGCUGCUUGUUCUGCGCACACGGUCCGCCCAAUGGGUAAGAAAGAGACUUGCUAGAGAGGCGAAAAGUGGACAUCAGAAUGGACCUCCAAAGACACACUGA